GCAGGGCUGGUGCUCCCCGCUCCCCUGCCUGGCUCUCUCUGCUCUAGCUCCCGGUUGGUGCCAGGAAGCUCCGCCCAGGCCCUGGGAGAGCGGGAAGGAAUCGGGCUUCUGUGCUGGGAAAGUGAAAGAACCUGGUCCUGCUGUUCCCGGAGCAAAGAGCCAUGGCUGCGGGGGGCCUGGCAGGGAGCUUCCAGGAGGAGGUGACUUGCUCCUUGUGUCUGGACUAUUUUACAGAUCCAGUGUCUAUCGAGUGUGGACACAACUUCUGCCGCGCCUGCAUCGGGCAGUGCUGGGGGAAAUCAGAGCCGGACAUCUGCUGCCCCCAGUGCAGGGCGACAGCUCCGCAGAGAAACCUGCGGCCCAACUGGCAGCUGGGCAACGUGGUGGAGCUCGUGAAGCAGCUGAGGCUGCAGGCGGGGAGGCACAUGUGUGAGAGGCACCAGGAGGCCCUGAAGCUCUUCUGCCAGGAGGACGAAGCCCCCAUCUGUGUGGUCUGCAGGGAGUCCCGGGCGCACCGAGCUCACACAGCGGUUCCCAUGGAGGAGGCUGCCCAGGACUACAAGGAGCAAAUCCAGAUCCGCCUGGAGCACCUGAGGGAGCAGAGAGAAGAGCUGCAGGGCCUGAAAUGCACCUGGGAGCAGGAGAGUGAAAGGCUCCUGAGGCAGACGGAGGUGGAGAGACAGCUGGUGGUGUCCGAGUGCGAGGGGCUGCGCCAGCUCCUGGCUGAACGCGAGCGGGUCCUGCUGGCCCGGCUGGGAGAGCUGGACACGGAGAUUGUGAGGAGGAGGGAGGAAAACGCCGCCCACCUGUGUGAGGAGACUGCCCGCCUGAGCACCCUGAUCACGGAGCUGGAGGGGAAGUGUCAGCAGCCAGCGCCUGAGCUCCUGCAGGGUCUCCGAAGCACUGUGAGCAGGGGUGAGGAGGUGAUGCCUCUACAUCUAGUCCCCGAGUUCCCUGAGCUGGAGAAGAGACUCCAGGAUUUCCCUGGAGAGAACGAGCUGCAGGAGGCUCUGAUGGGAUUCCUGGAGAGGAUGGCUGCAGAGAGAGGAUUCAGAAGAGCCCACAUACAUGCAGUGGACGUGACUCUGGACCCAGGGACAGCAAAUCCCUACCUCGUCCUGUCUGAGGAUCGGAAACGUGUGCGACACGGAGGCACCCGACAGGAUCUGCCCGACACCCCCGAGAGAUUUGAUCCUUGUGCCUGUGUCCUGGGCUCAGAGGGGUUCACGGGCGGGAGGCACUACUGGGAGGUGGAGGUGGGGGACAAGAUGCGCUGGGACGUGGGCGUGUGCAGGGAGUCUGUGUGCAGGAAGGGGUGGGUCACGCUGGCACCUGGCAAUGGAUACUGGGUCGUGUGUCUGUGGGAUGGCGGAUACGAGGCCUGCACCUCCCCCUGGACCCCGCUCCCUGUGCGUGUGCGACCCAGGCGGGUGGGGGUUUUCCUGGACUAUGAGGGGGGCGAGGUCUCAUUUUACAACGUGACUGACAGGUCCCAUCUCUUCACUUUCACUUGCACCUUCUCCGGGACCCUGCACCCUUUCUUCCAUCCUGGUCUCAAUGCUGGGGACACCAACACGGCUCCCCUGACCCUGUGCCCGGUCCCAGCCCAGCCCUGAGGGAAUCCCUGUCCCUGCCAUGCCCCGUGGGGGGCACAGACUGUCCCCUCCCCUCGCCCCGACUGCCAGCCCCUCGGUGCCCCCAGGGUGGGGGCACGGCUGGGGUCUCCAUCACAGGAGCUGCUCCAGCCUGGACCCUGCUGCUGCCCUGGGCCAGGGGGCGUCUCCCAAUCCCCACACGCACAGCACCCCGCUGGGAGGGACCAGAUCCAAGCUCUCAUCCUUCACUUCCAGAUCCCUGCAGUCCCUCUGGGGUUUUACUUAGUUACUUGGUUUGCCUCUCUCAGCACUGUCCCCCUUUCCCCUCCCCUCCCUCUAUUCCCUUCUAUAUUUAAAAUAAAUACCUCUGCGUUGCAUA